UUAGAGGAGCUUUCAACCGUCAACCGUUUUACUUUUAAAUUAAAAAAUAAACGAAAGCGUCCUGUCUGUUAUCAUUUAUUAUUGAGUUUAACUAAUUGUGUUCAUAUUUGAAUAAGUGUUUUCUUCAGAUAUUCGUAUUUUAUGAUAAAAAUGGCUUCAGUAGAGGAACGUCUCAAUAAGCUCAGGGAAGACCGGCUUGUCAGAGAAAAAGCUAGGAUUGAAAAGUUGCGGGAACUCAACUUAAAGAAAUAUGGAAAAAAUGAUAUUCAACUGCCGAAAAACUCUUCGACUGUUUCUCUUCCCGUCAAGUCUAAAUCGGACGCAAGUUGCGUUGCGAAAAAUAAUGUAAAUUAUGUUAAAAAUAAUAUACAAUCUAGUGGCCUGAAAAGGCCAACUUCAAUACCAACUUUAAAAAAGAUUCCACCGAAAGAAUCUAACAAUAAUGGUAAAAAUGUCCAGAGCAACAAUACCAAACUAUAUAAUAAAAUUUCUAAUCAAGUAAAUACUAACAUUAGAAGAGAUAAAAUGACAAAUGUAUCAAAAGUUGAUACUAAAUGUCCAAAAGCAGUAAACAUGAAUGGCAAAGAUGUAAAUGCUGGAAAACCAUUGAAGGAAAUAACUCCGGAAGUAAAUAUUAAACGCUUUAACGAAAUUUGUGAUAAAAACCCAAAAAUAACAAUUACAGAACCCAAAGACACUAACAAAAGUGUUAACAAUAAAGUUAAUCUAAAAAACGAUUUGAAAUCUCGCAAAAGUUUAGCGGCUGUGUCGAAAAUCGACAAUAAAUCUAGGAACUUCGAUAAAAGAAAAAGUAUACAGCCAAAUCAGACGGCAAAUAGCAAUGGUAGGAGGGAAUCAGUUUUUGAUAGACUUUACAAACCAAAAAUGGUCGCACCAAAGGAAACUAUAGACAAUGCUCUUAAACUACGUACAGAUCCGAAUUAUUUGAAGAAAGUUAUAAAUGAUUCUAGAUUAAUCAUGAACAAGAGGCAUACUGUCUUCAAAGUUGAACCCACUAUGCCAGUACGUAGAUCGAUAUCAGCGGUACAUUUGAAGAAAAUAAGCAGGAAGGAACUGGGCAACUGCUUUCACAAAUGGGCAUCGAUUGGAGAAAAGAUAGAUAAAGUACACCUCAAGGAUGUUAAUGAAGACGAUUGUAUAAAAGGUGAAAAAGUUGUAUCGGCCGUUAAAAGCGAACGGAAAAAAGUUAAAUUUCAAACGCCUAUUCCUUACAACUUUAAUACACCAAAAACGGAUGAACUACAGUCUAAACUGCGAAAUUGGUUGAAGAAACGAGGGAAAGCCAUCGAUUCAUACCACCAUUUGCAAUGUUUUGGCUUACACAAUCUUUCGAGGGACAUUAGACCUUUGAAUAUAGACGCACCGAGGUUUGAAGAAUUUGAUGACGACGACAAAGAGAAUGUCGCGCUGGAUCAUGACAGUGAUAAUGAAUCGUAUUUAGAAAACAUGAACAAUAAAAAUGGUGACCUGAACGAGGAGAAGAGUGAGAUUGGAUUUCCGACUGAGAACUGGCGUAGAGCGAGCUACGUCAGUGAUAGCAUUGACUGUAACGAAAGCUAUGAAACUACAUUGACGUCCGGGGAUGUGAUGCAUCACGUCGAUGAACUGCUAUUGGGUGCUUUGAAUGACUUGACUGAAUUAUUGAGAGAGGGUUUCGACUGGGAGCAGUGCGCGCGCUGGCUGCGCGCCCUCCGCGACCGCUUCCCGUCGGCGCCCGACAGCGCGCCCUACUGGGAGUGCCGCGCCGCGCUGGAGGAGCGCCACGGGGACCUGCCCGCCUCCGUGCAGUGCUGGGAGCAGGCCAUCGCCAAAGGCACCGAGCAAUCCGUGGUUGAAGCGAACUUAGACCAGCUGCUGGACAAGUUCAUGCAGCUCAAGAUAAGUCCGAGUUCAGGGCGACGUCAGGUCGAUCCUAAGCUGGUGGAUGUGAAGAAUAUCUUUAAGAGUACGAUCAUACGUUUCGCUGUUCAGCAGGCUAAGUUGCGCCAAUCUAAUGAGCCGCCGAAAUACACCGUGACGCCGGUACGACGUAGUUCCAGGCUAAGUUCGCAUUGGCGCCAGACACCGUUACGAGUGUGUACGACGAUACAGCAAGCUUCAGAACUUGGAGCUGACUUCAAACCGAAUAAGGCUUUGACGAAGACCCCUUAGUAGAUUACUCAAGGUACAACGGACGGUCGAUGGUUCUAUCUUGACUCCUAGGGCUCUUGUUGUCUCAACGCCAAAUACAAGUUUAUAGGAUAAUAGAAAUAUUGUUGUCUGGUUCGCCUGACUGCCAAAAAAGUAGUGUAAUAUUUUCAAGGUUCAUAUCUAUAUACAUGUGUGAGUUACAUUAUUUCACAAAAACUUAAAUUCCUGUAAAAUUUGGCUGCCUGGACUAGUGUUGAAUAUCGAUAGUAUUGCAAAAACC